AUGUCGAAAGAGCAUGUGUUGGCAAACUUCGCCAACUUUGCCUACAAUCCGAGGAAUCUGGAGGACCUGAGAACCCUUCAGGUGACUGAACUCUUCUUGGACAUGCUCACAGAGGAGAAUGAGAAUGGAAACUGUGCUAUCAACAUGAACCUUACCAUGACCGCCUCACGCUCCCAAAUCACCAACGCCGCACUGCUACAAUGCAUGCUGUUCUUCUCCAUCUCCCAUAGCCCACGCCUGCGUAACUUGGCCUCUGUGUUCCUCCAGGACUGCUGCACUAAGGAGCAGGUGGCCAGGGCAGAGGCACCUAUGCAGGGACACUAUCCUACAGCACUGGGAUCCCCCUUCCUAAGGACUAGCUAUUGA